AUGAACUUUGACUGGUUUGUAUUGGAUCAGACUAACACAAGGGUCAGCAGACCGAGGCUGCAAGCUGCAUGCAGCUCUUUUCAUAGGAUUUUAUGGCACUAUAACUCACUGCGCUGCCUCAGCACAAAAAAAUCAAACCGUACAAUUACAACGCAUAUCCUCAACCUGCGCUGUCGAAUUACUACCAUCGCACCGCCCCACCUACCCACUCGCAUCCCUACCGUCGCACCGCACCACCUACCCACUCGCAUCCCUACCAUCGCACCGCACCACCUACCCACUCGCAUCCCUACCGUCGCACCGCCCCACCUACCCACUCGCAUCCCUACCGUCGCACCGCCCCACCUACCCACUCGUAUCCCUACUGUCGCACCGCCCCACCUACCCACUCGCAUCCCUACCGUCGCACCGCCCCACCUACCCACUCGCAUCCCUACUGUCGCACCGCCCCACCUACCCACUCGCAUCCCUACUGUCGCACCGCCCCACCUACCCACUCGCAUCCCUACCGUCGCACCGCCCCACCUACCCACUCGCAUCCCUACGGUCGCACCGCCCCACCUACCCACUCGCAUCCCUACCGUCGCACCGCACCACCUACCCACUCGCAUCCCUACCGUCACACCGCCCCACCUACCCACUCGCAUCCCUACCGUCGCACCGCCCCACCUACCCACUCGCAUCCCUACCGUCGCACCGCCCCACCUACCCACUCGCAUCCCUACCGUCGCACCGCCCCACCUACCCACUCGCAUCCCUACCAUCGCACCGCCCCACCUACCCACUCGCAUCCCUACCGUCGCACCGCCCCACCUACCCACUCGCAUCCCUACCGUCGCACCGCCCCACCUACCCACUCGCAUCCCUACCAUCGCACCGCCCCACCUACCCACUCGCAUCCCUACGGUCGCACCGCCCCACCUACCCACUCGCAUCCCUACCGACGCACCAUCCCGCCUACCCACUCGCAUCCCUACCGUCGCACCGCCCCGCCUACCCACUCGCAUCCCUACCGUCGCACCGCCCUGCCUACCCACUCGCAUCCCUACCGUCGCACCGCCCCGCCUACCUACUCGCAUCCCUACCAUCGCACCGCCCCACCUACCCACUCGCAUCCCUACCGUCGCACCGCCCCACCUACCCACUCGCAUCCCUACCAUCGCACUGCCCCACCUACCCACUCGCAUCCCUACCGUCCCACCGUCCCGCCUACCUACUCGCAUCCCUACCGUCGCAGACUAUCACGUGAAAAAAUAACACUAGCUGUAUGCACUUUUGGAACUAUUUUAAAAGAUAACUUUUACAGUUUAUAUUUGUCAUAACUGCAGUUAUUUGCUACUAAUAUUGGCACCCUACUACAUCACUUUAAUUUAGUCAAUUACUCUUUAUGUUUAUAUUUCUCUGUUCGCAGACUGAACGUUUAACCAUACAGACAGCUAUGGGAUCCACAUGUGAUAAAUAACUCGUACUUGAUUUCAUGUUCUUUCUUUGAAGAGUAAAUUUUCAGGUACCACAGGCUGGAAAGGUUUUGUUUUAUGUGACAUUGCUCAACACUAAGGAACCAAAUGAAAGAAGCAGACUGGAGUAAAUAAUGCUGAACAUCUGCCGUUACCUUCUCUCAAAUGCCCACGCUGUUGACGAGGUGUUAGACCCAAAUGAAAGAAAAUAAAUUUCUGCUAGGCUCAGUGAAAGUAAACAUAAACAAACUAUCCCUGCGUCUCUCUUAGCCGGAGGCUGGCACCAGAGGUAAGCACUACACACUUUUCUGCUGUGCUUAUUUCUUCUGGCAGGGGGCAUGAUUCUAUCAGGCAGCACAAAUCCGCAGUAUACCAAAUCACAUUUAACUUGCUCGAAUUCUACUGUAUGAUUGUCUCCAGACUUUUAUCCACUAAUUCUUUUAAAGUUGAGUCCUUGUGUAAUAAAUUUUUUUCCUUGCAUUUUUAAUGACGGGCAAGUCCACUUAAUUUACAUGCUUAAUGUAAUCACUAGCUUUGUUUUUAUACUUGGAUAAGAUGAUUUGAAGUUAUCUGCAAAAUAUUUAUUGCACUAAUUUUUUCAUUAAGUCAUUAUCUAUAGCAGUUACAAUUUAUAUUAACCCAUUUUUAAUUCAUCCAAAAAAGUUAGUUAUUUUCAUGGUAAACUCUUAGUCUUAGUUUUUUUUUUCAAUGUUUGUUUGGCAACCACUUUUAAAACGUGAUUAUUUUAUAGUUAUUGCCUGAUUGGUUGUUAUAGUGGGUUUUUUUUUACAUUAGCUAACUAUGUAUUGAGAUCUCGCAAAUAUUGUGUGUGUGGCUGCAAACUUUAUUCAUAAUGUAAAUAAAUUUGUUUUGUAAUUGAAUUGAAAAUGGGCAUCUUAAUCAAAAAAUUUUAUAAGCAACAUUGCAGUUCUAGUGACUGGCUUAAUGCAUGUAAGUUGGUUACUGUUCAUACUGUUCAAUAUUUUAAUGUCAUUAUUUUGGUUGUAUAAGUUUCUUGUUUGCAGUUUUUUUUUUGUGUACGCUUGAUUAUUUCAAGGUUGUGGAUAUUUUCAUGAAAAUAUGCUUUCUGGAUUUAUGAAGAUGGUAGAUAAAUAUCUAUACUUUUUAUUUUAGGAAUUGAAAUAAAAUCCUAUUGGUGCUAAUUUUGCAAAUGGCUGUGUGAAAUGAAAAUGCAAAUUGUAUUUUAAUCCAUUUGCUUCUGAUGUUUACUUCAAAGAUAUUUUGGGUAGGUUAGUCAUGUUGUCUUAAACCACCCCAGAAUUGGUCAGACCAUUCAAUGGGUUGAUUCAGUUCGGCUCUGUAACCUUAUGUUUUUACUCAUUUAUAUAAAAACAUCUGUUUGAAAUAUUUUAACCUAAUAGUUUCUUAAAGUAAAUGGUAAUUUUAUUGUGACAAGUGAACUUUUGAAAUAAUGUUGAUGUCAAAAGAUCCUUCUUAAAUAGCUAUAAAGGUAUGAUUCCUAGUAAAUACUUUCCAGUGAUGCAUGUAAGUCUUUUUAAAAUGUAAUAAAUUCUGUAUUGAGGGCAUUUUGCAUUAUUUAGUCCAACUUUGUAAUGAAAGCCAUAAUUUUGAAAAUAAAAUUCUACCAAAUAUAAAAA